AUGACGGGAUGCACAAGAAUAGAGCCACGUCAAAUUGAUAUCAAUACAGAAUAUCAACAUAUUAACAGGAAAAGAAAGCUACAAUUUGCUACAGGCACUAAAUCUGCCAAAGAAAUUAAAAUAUCAUGUGUUUACCCAAGUGGAGGACUUCUCAAUAGUAAAGGUGCGAACAUAUGUUUUGCAAAUGCACUUCUGCAGUGUGUUCGACUCACAGAUAUGCACAGAAUUCUACAACUGCAUGACAACUGCUCAGAUGACAGGUGUUUUACCUGUAAUUUUAAAGAAUUCAUUGAAGAAGGUCCGGCCACAGCAGCUCCUUUGAUAAGACAGUUGAACACUGUUUGGCACGAGUACAGAUUUGGGAAGCAACAAGAUGCUCAUGAAUUUUUUGUUAAACUUAUGCAAGAGGUUUGGAGUACAUGUAUAGAUACUAAUCAGGAUUGUGGUGUGCGGAACAUUUUUUAUGGUAUACAAAAGAGUACAGUUGUUUGUGAUACCUGUGGUUCAGUAAGCAGCAAGGAAGAUGUGUAUUCUGACAUCAGUAUUUCUAUUGAGGAGGUUCAAACAGUUUCCCAAGCUGUGGAGGAAUAUUUUGCUGCUGUACCUGUGGAAUACAAUUGUUUAGUAUGUAAAAGUAAAAAUGGAUCAGCAAAGAAAAUGACAACUUUGGAUAGCAUCCCAAAGAAUAUUGUUAUCCAUUUGAAAAGGUGA